AACAUGCAACAAACAUGUGAUAGGAUAAUGAAUAUAGAUUAGAAAUUUGUGGUUUUACUUAUUCAUUAUGAUAAUAUUCAAAACAGAAAAUAUUGAAAGAAGAGCCACCUACGUAUCAUGAAGCAGAGAGAGAGAGAAAGUCUUAAGGAGAAAGAAGCAGAGCAUCUCUUUCUCUGUCUAUGUACUCAAUAAACCCAACACAACUCUGUCAAAAAGCUUCACACUCUAUUUCUCCUUCCCCACCUCUUUGCUCCCUCUCUCUCUCUCUUCUUUCCCCAUAAAAGGAACCUCACUCCCUCAGAAACUUCCAUCAUUCAACACACUCAAAGCUUAAAACAUCUUUUUUAAACUAACGUUCUUCUAUCUUCCUCAAAACAUGCCUUCUGACUUCAACGAAUCGCGUCGGUUAACUACCAAGGUUCCUCACGGAGGAGCCGUGGCGGAUCAGCAAGAACAGCUCCCUUGUCCUCGCUGUAACUCAACCAACACGAAGUUCUGUUACUACAACAACUACAACUUCUCGCAGCCGCGCCAUUUCUGUAAGUCUUGUCGCCGUUACUGGACUCACGGUGGUACUCUCCGCGACAUUCCCGUCGGAGGCGUUUCCCGCAAAACCUCUAAACGCUCUCGAGCUUUCUCCUCCUCCGUCGCCGUCGGAAGCCGGAGCUUCCCGUUACAAGCGACGCCUGUUCUUCUCCCUCCUCCGUCUUCCUACGGUGGUGGCGGUAAGGGAAACCCGUCGUCUCUCUACGGCGGUUUCACCACUUUACUCAGCAACAACAACGCCACCACGGCGAGCAGACAUGGGCCUGGUGGUGGUUUUAAUGGGCUGGAAGGGUUUGGACUUGGGCUUGGUCAUGGAGGGUAUUUCGAUGGGCAAGGGAUAACGUUCUGGCCCUUUUCCACUGGAGCUUCUGAUGCUGCUACAAGCCAUGCGGCUCCAGUUGUACACACUACUUGGCAGUUGGAAGGUCUUGAGAACAAAGUCGGGUUCGUGGCUGGAGACUACUUAGCGUGAGACUGAGACCACCAGCUUCUUCUUGAGUCCUAGGCUUUCAAAAUCUAGUUUUUUUAGUUCCUACUCUUUUAACUUUUCAGUUUAGUGAGCUCUAAGUAGUGUGUUUGUUUGUUUUUGGCUCUAAUGUUCAUCCCAAAUA